AUGUCUAGUUUGGCACCUGAGGAAUUAAUUAGUAUCGUCACUCUCAUCCAAAAGACUGCCAAGCAGGCGUGGACGCCACAAAAUGCAGCUGCGAAAAUAACAGUUGAAAAUCAAGGAAUCCGACAAUCCACAGACGGUUUCGAUAUCGAGGUGUUCGACAAGCAUAGCGGAUCAGGUGGUGGAGUGCGCUUCAAUCCCAAACUUUCAAGGGAGGAGAGCGCCGGAUUCACCCCCAGCGACGGAGAUUUACGGACAGAACCUAUCGACGCAUUAUUCAUAACGACCAAAGCGCAUAGUACUGCGCCUGCACUGUCACAUCUGGCUCCACGCCUCACCUCUCGUAGUACCGUCGUGCUCUUACAAAAUGGCAUGGGAUUAUAUGAAGACCUCGUCCAGCGGAUAUUCCGCAACCCGGAAAGCAGACCACACUUUAUCUUGGCAUCAAAUACCCACGGAGCAUGGCUCAAGUCAGCCUUCCAUGUAGUUCAUGCGGGAAUUGGGGACAUCACAUUUGGGAUUGUUCCAGAUAGCCGCAAGCGCGAUUUCGAAACAUCCAUGGCGGAUGAAAGCAAGCCGCUGUAUGAGAGAUCACUCGUUUUGGAUGACAUCACACAUCCAGAUGACCCUUCAUUCGACCAGUACCGCAGCCUACGCCAUACGGUAGCCGUAUUACGAUCUCUCGAUGCUCUUGGAUGCAAAUGGAGUCCUAUUACAGAGGUCCAACUCGCGAUGCGCAAGAAACUCGUGGUGAAUGCCAUCGUGAAUCCGCUCACCGCCGUCCUAGGCUGCCGGAAUGGCGGUUUAUUCAAGGACGAGUCGUCACAGAAUAUGAUGCGCAGCGUCUGCGAAGAAGCUGCUGCUGCUUUCUGUGCACAGAUUGAAGCGGACACGCAAUCAUGGCUCGAUUCUCUAGCUCCCAGCUGGGGACGUGUUCCAAAAGAACUGGGAGCAGAUGCUCUUGAACGCGAAGUCUUGCGCGUAACACACGUAACACGAGGCAACAUGUCAUCUAUGCUCUCCGACAUAAGGAAGAACAACCCAACCGAAAUCGACUUCCUAAACGGCUACCUAGUUAGGCUAGGGGAACAAUAUAAUAUUCCUAUGCCAGUCAAUAGGGCCCUUGUUCAAUUAGUCAAGAUGCGGUGCUCCAUACCCAUCGAUCAGACGUUUUAG